AUGGGCAGGCGACGCGCUGAGGGACUAGGCAGAGCCUUGGAACUGCCGCCAGGUCGCUGUCGGUCCACGCCGCCAGUCGAACUGCCCGCCCGCUAGGCGUCGGCCGCCGCCAUGGGAGUGCACGUGGAAACCAUCUCCCCAGGAGACUGGCGCACCUUCCCGAAGCGCAGCCAGACCUGCGUGAUGCACUACACCGGGAUGCUUGAAGAUAGAAAGAAAUUUGAUUCCUCCCGGGAUAGAAACAAGCCCUUUAAGUUUAUGCUAGGCAAGCAGGAGGUGAUCCGAGGCUGGGAAGAAGAGGUUGCCCAGAUGAGUGUGGGUCAGAGAGCCAAACUGACUAUAUCUCCAGAUUAUGCCUAUGGUGCCACUGGGCACCCAGGCAUCAUCCCACCACAUGCCACUCUCGUCUUCGAUGUGGAGCUUCUAAAACUGGAAUGACAGGAAUGGCCUCCUCCCUUAGCUCCCUGUUCUUGAAUCUGCCAUGGAGGGAUCUGGUGCCUCCAGACGUGUGCACAUCAAUCCAUAUGGAGCUUUUCCUGAUGUUCCACUCCACUUUGUAUAGACAUCUGCCCCGACUGAAUGUGUUCUGUCACUCCGCUUUGCUUCCGACACCUCUGUUUCCUCUUCCCCUUUCUCCUGGUAUGUGUGUUUACCUAAACUAUAUGCCAUAAACGUCAAGUUAUUCAUUUUAC